UUUUAUCUUUUUAUAUUUAACCUACGUUUUUUUUAAAGAAUGCCGUCAAAAAGCGGCAAAAGUUUAGUUAGCAAUUCUUCUAAUGCUUCCAAAUAUAUAUGUACUGUGUACAUCUAUACAGGGUUAUCCAACGAGGGUGCGACUUCAGAGACGACUGUACAGAAUUUAUUUAGCCUUUCUUAUACAUUCAAGGUCCUCUGCAGCUAUAGCCUUGUUUCUUUUUAUGCCAAAUCAUCUAAUAUACAAGUAAAAGUCUAAGAAAAAACCUAAUUUAACCUUUAGAUAGCUAGAUAAAUAGAGUUUAAGGUCGUCAUUAAAGCCUAAUCCUUUAUGGGUAACCAUGUAUAUUACAAUUCAUUUUUGUAAAAGGGGUUUAAAAAUAUUGAGUUUUAGAAAAAAAAUACAAUUUAUGUAUCUAGAGAAUAUAAACUUUUGUAGUGGUGUUAAUAUAUAUUUGAUAAAAAUAUUAAUUUUAGAAAUAUGUUUAAGAAUAUAUAUGUUUAUAAAAUUAUGUAAAGGUCAAAUAAAAUCAUUUUAAAAAAUGUAUGUUAUUGGCCUAGCUUAUAUAAUACGAUUGGCGAGUCCCUCAAAAAUUGUUUCAAAACAUAAAAAUCGUUUUUUUUCCCCGUAAAUGUGAUUUUUUAAAUGGCACGGGAAACUCCUGAAAAAUUGUUAUUAUAUGUUGGCCAAAGCGCAAUACAUUUGAGGUUUCUUCUUUUUAUCGCGCGUCGCAAGAUCUAAUUUUAUUUUUCAGCAAAGGGUAAGUGAAACCAUUUCGAUUUAGGGAGUCCUAAGAUUAUGUUAUCCCAUGUUUAUUGCCUAUUUGCGCGUUUGAUAAAUUUAUAUCUUUUAAUCAACGGGAUUAGAAAUGCAAAAUUAAGUGACCCUUCCUUUAUCAUUGGCAUGAAAGCUUGGUCUGCUCAUGUAGAAAUUUGAUAUUCAUGUUUUCAAAAAAGUGACUUGAACAUUUCUUGCUUUAUAAAUAAUGGAGAAAAUAUUAGAACUAAAUUCUUUUCAAACUAAAAAGACAAUAUGUUUCCUUCCACAUUAUUGAUUAGAUUAAGGUUUUAAGGGUACCCUUGUAAAUCGAGAACCUUCCCUUUGAAGUUUACACUUUUUAUAUUUCCGUGUCCUCAUUACUAUAAAAGUAGUGAUAUUAUAAAAUUAGAUUCCGUUUUUUUUCAGAUAAAAUGUUUUUUUACUUACUAAUCAUAAAAUUAGUUUUGUGUGUUGGAUGUAUAAUUCUUAAAUGUCAUGAUCUUGCAAGAGUAAAAAGGUUACUGCUGGACCUGGAUCCACAGGAGCAAGGCUGGAAUCCUGAAUUAACUCUUAAACUUUAUUUUCUUCCAGAUACUAUUGAUAUCUGUAUCCUGGUUCUGGAGACCUCAACGUGGUUCACUAAUCCCUCCUUGAGAUUUACUACUGGAGUUAUAAUAUCUUGGUGUCUCCUAUGCAUGGAGAAGAUAGUUUUGCUCUCAUCCUACAGAAACAGUUCAGAAGAUUUGUUUUGGAAAUCAAAAUUAUUUAAGGGAUAUGCUGUUGUCUCGAGGGAUAUGUAUGAGAUAUCACGGUGUUAUCUUCUCCUUGUUCCUUCUCAUAUCUGUGUAACCCUACUCCUGGUCGUACAACCCUACCUGGAGAACUUCCAACCUUGGCAGCAGCUGGAGGAUUUGGAGGAUAUUAUCAAUAGCGUGGAGUUGGAGGAUUUAGAGGAUAUCGUGGAUAUGGUUAAUAUUUGAAAUGAUCAGAGGUCAUGAUUAAAACCAAAGAUUCUCUAAUAAUAAAAAAUUUUAGGUAAAAGAAGGAAAUUCCUUUUAAUUUACGUUCCGAACACAAAAAGGUUUGUGACAUCACAUUUUUCACUUGUUUCAUAUACAUUGAUUUUAAAUUGCUUUUUGUAUCUGUUAUGUAUACAUUCUAAUUUUUAACUCUAAAAACAUUUUGUAUGUAAUGUUCACUGUAAAAUAAAUUUCAAGAAGUUUGCUA